AUGUCUAUGCAGCAUGAUAAUCCUGGUACAAAAGAUGAAUUAGACCCACAUAAAAGGCUCACAGAUUUGAUGCAUGAAGCUGGAAAUAUGUUCUGCGCUGAUUGUGGAACUCCAGAACCAAAAUGGGUAUCUUCAAGUCUUGGCGUAUUUAUUUGUAUCAAGUGCUCUGGCAUACAUAGAAGUCUAGGAGUCCACAUAUCAAAGGUUCUAUCACUAAAGCUAGAUGAAUGGAGUGAGGAACAAAUUGAUGCAUUAGCAAAGUUGGGUGGAAAUACAUUAUUAAAUAAGAAGUAUGAAGCUUGCCUCCCAAGUAAUAUAAAAAAACCAAAACCACAUUCAUCCAUCGAGGAGCGUUCUGAUUUUAUCAGGAGAAAAUAUGAGUUGCAACAAUUUGUGGAGCCUGAUGAUAGUUUGGCAUUGGUCACUGUUAUACCUCCUGGAAGAAGUUUAUCAUUGGCUCCAAACAGUUCUCCAUGCAACAAUUCUAUAAUGGACAAGAAACCAUCUGAAAAGCACCCAAUUAGCAGACAUGGUAUUGGGCAUGCAUUUCGAAAUAGUUGGGGAAGAAAAGAGGUUGAGCACAAGGCUCCAAAGAAGAGUGCCUCAUUGGCAGGUAUGGUUGAAUUUGUUGGAUUGAUUAAGGUUAAUGUUGUUAAAGGCACUCACCUAGCCAUUCGAGAUGUAAGAACCAGUGACCCUUAUGUCAUCCUUUCCUUGGGUCACCAAUCAGUAAAAACACGAGUCAUAAAGAACAAUUUGAAUCCAGUCUGGAAUGAAAGCUUAAUGCUCUCAAUUCCAGAGAACAUUCCUCCACUUAAAGUGCUGGUGUAUGAUAAGGAUAAAUUUUCAACUGAUGAUUUUAUGGGUGACGCUGAAAUAGACAUUCAACCUCUAGUUUUGGCUGCAAAGGCCUAUGAGAAAUCUUCAAUCAACGAAUCCAUGCAGAUUGGGAAAUUUGUAGCAAGCAAGGAGAACACUCUUGUUAAAGAUGGUAUCAUAUCCCUUGAGGAAGGCAAGAUCAAACAAGAAAUCUCAGUGAGGCUACAGAAUGUUGAAAGAGGUGUGCUAGAGAUUGAACUUGAGUGUGUUCCUCUUACUCAGUAG